AUGGCCGCAGGGCUGAGCUCAGAGGAGUUUGUCCGCUUACAGCAGGAGCUACUUUACCUCAAGAUGAAGACCGAGGAGCUCCGAGACGAAAACGCAAGAUCACUUCGACACUUCCAAGAGACACAGGCCGCUUCGCAUCCGUCUGGCGUGGACGCUUUGCGAAAGGCUGGAGCAGGAGCUGUUACUGCAAUUGGUCAGCGGGCAGCAUCGUUGAAGUCCAGCUUAUCUGAUGGAGCAUCUUUCCAGGCUUUCCAGGCAGCCAAAGAUAGCAUUCUUCAUCCCGAGGCUGAUGCUGCAACUGCGGAAGCACGUGAGGAGGUCCAUUCAUUGCAAGAACGUUUGAAAGCUGCAAUGGAGGAGUUGGCCUCUGCACGGAAUGAUGCGAUGUCGGCACAAAGAGCCGCAACUGCUCCUUGCGCAGAGGAGCCUGAAGAAAGCGGCUCCAGUUCGAAAGUCCAGCGCGGUGGGCAAGCAGAGGAUGGCAUGACGGUGCUGCUGUUCAAAGUACAGCAGCAGCAGAAAGAAUUGGAGCGGGUUCGCGAAGCAGUGGACCAGCAACAGGCGCAGAUCGGGCGUCUCACAGAGAAGGCAGCAGCGGACAAAAGCAGGCCAAAGGGUUCGCCCAGGUUGUCCGAUUUGGAGGAGCAGCUCCGCUCUUCGGAGGGGAAGCUCGACCAAUUAGGUCGCCGGCUGCAAUCCUCGCAAGGAAGCUCCCGCCUGACGUACGAGCUGCAGUGCCAUCUUGAGUCAGUGCUGAGUCAAGUCAGGAAGCGCGAUGCUGCGAUCGAGUCGCUUCUCUUGAGGCAGGAGAGAAUGGAGCACAGGGGCGUCCUCCAACGGGAGCGCCUGGCCUUUGCUCAGGAGGACAUUCUGUCCCAAGUGCUGGAGUAUGACCUGGAUGAUGUUCCACAAGUUGUGGAUGCUACAGGUCCACAAUUUUCCGAAUGCUUUCGACAAGAUGACUGCGAAGCGCAGCACCUUGACGAAGAUGUUGUCAGCAUCAGCAACCAAUCUCACCAGGCUGCAGGUGUACAAGUGUGCGACGAAGACACGGCAGACCUUGAGUGGGAGGUUUCGGGCCUGGCUGCCAGCCCAACCUGGUCUCGACACUUCGAAGGCGAUGGCCCGAGCAUGGUAGACCUGGAGGAGGAGCUGCAGGGGCUGCGGGCCGCUGCGGAGGACGCGCGGCGCCGUGAGGCGGAGCAGGCAGAAACACUGCGGGCUCAAAUCCGGCAGCGCCAGCAACAAAUGGCACUACCGGCAGCCAAGCCCGAGGCAGAAGCACCCAACUCUCAAGGGCCGGUCGAGGCUGUUGAAUCCUCUGGAUUGCUGUAUGCGCUGUUCUUGGGAGCAAAGACGACCACAGGGCUGACGUUCAUGGCUUGGACAGAUGAGGUGCAGAAGAUUGAGGAGCUGGAGCAGCAGAAUAUUGGCCUCGAGCAAGACCUUGACCUGCUUGCAUCCAGCAGGUCCGCCUGUGACUUCGUCAUUCGUGCACAUGCCUUGGCAGCUGUACCGUGA